UCUAAUCCAGGCCAGAGAGCAUAUUUGGGAGACCAGUGAUUAAAGUUAUCCGUCAAAAUUUUAUAAUCUUUAUAGAAAUAAAUAUACAUAUUUUUCAUCUAGAAUUGCAUUUCAGAAAUAACUAAUUUCCUCUGAAAAUAAAGAUAGUUCUCUCAUACAUAUAAUUUCAUCUACCUGGAAUUUCGCACGUCGUAAUUUUGAGGCAACGUACAUACGAGACGGUAUUAUUUAAAAUUUACUUCACCGAAUGAUGAACCGUAGUUAUAUCAACGUUAGGAGCAGAAUCCAAACUCAUACAAGUCCAGAUGUAGGUAAUGAGAUGAAAGAAUUGAAUCUGUUUUUAUUGGCCUACAAGUAGGUACGCACAUGAUGGUACCGUUAUGCGACGGUACUCUCUCGAUGUGUUGGCGUGCUAGAUGGACUUUUCAAGAAAAAAUACACACGCACGAGAAAUAGCAAGAUGGUUAGUGAAGGUGAAAAUGAAAAUAGUAGUGAACUAGAAAAAGAAUCCUCCAAGAAACCAACUCGAAGACAACAGAGACCACUUUCUAUCGAAAAUUACUACCCCUUAGCUGUAAUAGUGGCUUCUUUUUCAAUUCUAACUAUUCUAUUCAUAGCUGCUGAUGAAUGUCGCCAAUGUUUCAACAAACAAAAAAACAUUUCAAAUGAAAUAUUAGACUCUCCCAGAAAAACUUUUUGGGCAUAUGGCAAAAAUGUGGAGAGCGGAUACUUGAAAGAGGUAUUUACCGUUUUGGAUAGAUUGGGGUACAAAAACGAUCCAGAUUCAAACCACUGGGAUCUACUUUGGGCGCACGAUUAUCCUUUCAGGAAAUUGUAUCCAGAACUGCACAACCUGAAACCUCAUCAAAAGGUCAAUCAUUUCCCAGGAUGUGGAUAUAUUACAAAUAAGGUUAACUUAGCGACCAGUGGUUUGAAAUACAUCCCGCCAGCCUUCAGGUUACCAGAAGACAAAAAAAAGUUACUAGACUAUUCCGAGGCAAACCCCAAUAUAUCUUUUGUCCAAAAAAAUAACGACCACCGCGAGAUAAAAAUAAAGAAAAUCAUCAAUAUCAAUUUGGACAAAAACGGUACCUUCAUUCAAGAGUACGUCGACAAGCCUUUAUUGAUAAACGGUCACAAGUUCGAUAUUGGGAUUUAUACAGUCAUAACCUCCGUUGAGCCCCUGAGGAUAUACAUCUAUAAUGGAGAGGCGCUGUUGAGGUUUUGUCCUAGCAAAUACUAUCCUUUUGAUCCUGAGAACUUGGAUAAAUAUGUAGUAGGGGACGAUUACCUGCCAAUAUGGGACGUACCAGCGUUAGACUACUACUACAAUGAACUCGGAUUUGGUAUGAGAGACAGCCUCAAUGCUUACCUUCACUCUAAAGGUCAAGAUCCAGGAGUUAUUUGGGAGCAAAUCGAGGACGCUAUUAGAACUGUCAUUCUAUCCAAAGAAGCGCUCAUCAUUGACACCUUGAGAAGGUUCAAAUCUAAAUGGAACUUCUUUGAGAUGAUGCGUUUUGACUUUGUAAUAGACGAAGAUCUCAAAAUAUAUCUAUUAGAAGCUAACAUGAGCCCUAACUUAUCUUCAGCUCAUUUUCCUCCGAACCGGCUUCUGUAUCAGCAAGUUUUGUACAAUGUAUUUGGACUCGUAGGUGUUGGAGAAAUGAUCUUUCGGAAUUCUUUAGCACAAAGAUCCAAAUCAGAUGAAGAGAUGAUCGUGUCAGAUAAGAAUUUAGCUACGUUUCCAAAGGAAUGUAGUAGCAUCCUCUGCCAAACAAGCUGUGUAUCGACAGAUUGCCAUUUGUGCAGGCCCUGUCUGUCACCAGAAACCAGGAAAUACCUUGUGCAAGCUUUCAAAGAACAUCUCAAUAAAGGAGACUGCAAAAGGAUAUUUCCCCCACCUAUGACAAGGGAGGAAAUCAUGAACGGUAUUAGCUUGGAGGACCUUUCAUCUGAAAACCAGCUGCAGCACAAGUGGUUUCAAGGAAAAUGCAUGCUUGAUUUAUCAUGGUGUUGAUCCUAUUCAAAUACAAACCUAAGUGCGAACGACCGUCAUGAAUAAACUAUAAUAUGGAGAGAGAAAAUUUGUAUUAUAGAAAAAAUAUCCAAGGUUGUUGAAAACGAACUACAUCGAUAUUCAGAUAUGCCAAAUAAAGAUUAAUUUAUAGUAAAA